GAGUUUUGCGAUAAUUUAUCACAGUAUGGCUUGGUUCAAGUGUUUGGUUUUGUUGUCGUUGCUCUCGCCCAGCUUGGGGCAAAUUGGGGAGGUUUUUGAGGGCUUGAACCGCCUCACUGAUUUCGCCUUGGGGCAUUUUGAGGAGUUUAAUUUUGACGGACUUUUGGGCCUUGUUUUGGCCGAAGCCCAAAUUUUGCAAAUUGAGGAUUCGUACUUUGACACUGGAGCGCUUUUGAGGAAGUUUGAGGUGGUUCGAGGUGAGAUUGCGCCGAUUUUGCCCAAAAGUCCGAACAAAAUGGUCAUUUUGGAGAGAUAUUUAUUGCAGCCUGAAAAUUGGUUUCACAAGGUGCAUUUUCACAAAUCUUUGGACGAUUUAGGGAUUUAUAAAAACUGGACUGUUGAUGAUUUUAUCAAAAAUAAACGUGCUUCGUACAAAGGUGUGCCAAGUGAUUAUUGUUUGAUGGAGAUUUUGCAAAAAAAUUGCUACGUUAGUGCGUUUUGUCAUGAAAUGAUGUUGGCACCAAGGGUCGAUACUGGUUAUCUACUUUCACACAGAGUAUUUUACUUGCAAAUCGUACGUUUAAAAAAAUGUCCUUUCAACAACCAAAAAUUCCAGGAUUUGACAACAAAAUUAUGCUCACUAAUGUGGCGCGAGAUUCGCACAAAUGAAAAAUUAGAUUUUCCAGCCCACGACAUAGCUUUAGAACAGAUGGUUUUUUGUGGCCUUGAAGGCCACUCUGAAUUUUUGACAACAAAUUGGAGAAAGAAAAUUUUAGAAUGGCAGCUUCCGGUUGGAUGUUUUAAAAGUAACAAGGAUUCAAACUUUAAAAGAACGAGUAAUGUGAUAACUUAUGGAUGUACGGACCACACCACAGGCCUGGGGGCUGCCGCUCUGGCACUGCAUUUGAGAUUUUUACUACAAAUGCCAAAAUAUCACUUGAAUUAAAGUUUUUGUAGGUGCGCUAGUUUGUUUUGAAAUUAUGUGUAUCGUAAAAUUGAAAUAAAGACACAAUUGCAUAAUUA